AUGGAAUUACACCACAUCAAAAACGAAAAAUCGUUCAAUAACGAUCCUACAUUAGAUCAAGUAACAGACAGCAUCGUUGGCGAAGAUGUGGAACAUGACAAAGUCAGCUUCAGUCAUGGCAUAGAUCGUGAUAGCGAUGGAGGCUCUUCUUUUCUCGCUUAUUUCAACAUUGUGUGCGUUGUUGCUGGUACUGGUGCUUUAGGCUUACCUUAUGCGUUAAAACAAGGUGGUUGGAUCGGCCUCUUUAUUCUCGGACUAAGUUGGCUCUUCUCGACAUAUUCUGGUAUCAUCUUGAUUCGCUGCUUAUACUACAAUGGUCGCACUCGUUUGUCAUCCUACCAAGAAGUUGCUGAAAGUGCUUUCGGAAAGAUUGGUGGAUGGGUUUCCUUCUUUUUCACUGCAAUUACCUUGAUCGGUGUGCCUGUGUUGUAUAUUCUGUUGGCAGGCCAAAACUUGCACGCUGUCUGCAAAGGUACCAGUGGUGAAUUAACCUUCCCAAUUUGGGUCAUCAUUUGCUCUGCUAUCGUUACCAUUCCCUUUGUCUUUUUCAAAUCAAUGAAGGAAGUAGGCUUCCUCAGUGCUUUUGGUAUGCUCGCUACUGUGAUUGUUGUACUGAUUGUUUUGGCGAUGGCUAUUAAGGAUAAACCCAACCAUGUCAACGUGCAUCAUGAUUCUGUUAUUUGGGAUCAAUUUCCCAUUGCUCUCAGUUCCAUUGUCUUUAGUUUCGGUGGUAAUCCUGUGUAUGCUCAUGUCGAAGCUGGUAUGCGCCGCCCUCAAGAUUGGAACAAGGUGGUAUUUGGUGGUUUGACUACAUGUGUAUGUCUCUACUUUUUGACUGCCAUCCCCGGUUAUUAUGUAUAUGGCGACAAGGCUGAAUCUCCUAUUUACAACAAUAUACCCGAUGGAGGUGCUAAGGUUGCAAGUGCUGUGAUCAUCACUAUUCAUGUGUUGAUGGCUUGUCCUAUUCUGAUAACCUCGUUUGCUCUUGAUUUAGAAAAGAUGUUUGGUAUCUCUAGCUUCAAUCAUUCUCGCAUUGUCGAGCAUGCAUUGCGUUUUGCUCUUCGUAUGACUAUGAUUGUUGUCAUUGCUGUCAUUGCCGUCUUUGUUCCUUUCUUUGGUGAUUUCAUGUCACUGUUGGGUGCCUUUUCCAACUGUGCACUCGUCUUGAUUUUCCCUGUGAUGUUUUACCUCAAAUUGACUGGCUGGCGUAACAAGAACUGGGGCGAACUCAUUCUUUGUUUCUUUAUUGUGCUACUUGGUAUCGUUGGCCUGAUCUUUGGUACAAAGUCUGCUAUUGAGGCUCUUAAAGCUGAUUUCCAAAGCGCUUAA